AUGGGGUCAACCGAGUUUGGCAACUUUCACAUUUUGUCAGAUCAAAAUGGUCAAGAUGGGCCGUGGGGUGGCUGUGAGCUGAAGGGCAUACCGCUCUCGGGCGACAGGAAACUGGGCAACCUUGGUGCUAUUCUCCUCUGCGGUCUCGCAAUCAUUACGUCUCUUUUUCUGCUUCUCAAGUCGGAGAAGAAGAAGGCGGCUGUUGGGCGAAGGGAAAUGCAGCUGUUCUUGCUGGGCUACAUCCUCAUCAGCAUUUGCGAGAUUUUCUCAGUCGGCGAAUUCCCCUUUCCCAAGGAUGCUCGCGAUGGAUUCACCGCCGUGCACAUUGGCGCCAUCGUUGCAACUACGUGGAUUCUCGUGAUGAACGCUCUGAUUGGAUACCAGUUUAUCGACGACGGCACCGCAUUGUCCCUGGGCCUUUGCCUAGUCACGGCAGUCGCCUUGUUCGUCGGUACCGGCUACAUCGCUCUCGAUACAGGAUUCGACUUUACUGGCUAUUGGGAGGACAGCUAUACAGGGGAUAACCGCCACAUUGCCCUUUACGUCCUCUACCAACUGGUCCCGCUUAUCUUCCUCGUCGCCUUUUAUGUGCUCGAGGCCAUCCUCGUUCUCCGCGUACUGGGCGAGACUCGGCCCAUGAUCUACCUCACUGCCGCCGCAGUACUUUUCGCCGCUGGGCAGGUUUUCAACUAUGUUAUCAGCAAGUACAUCUGCGACGGAACCGAUGGAAAGAUCGACGGAUCCAUGUUCCAAACGCUGUUCACUUAUCUAUCCGUCGUUGCCGUCUGGAUUUUCUGGUCAAGCAUCACGGAGGACGACUGGCCGAUGCCUGUCGGGACAAUGGAACAGACUUUCGUUCAACAACAUAUUCGUCUGCGGCACGAUAUUGCGAACUACGCCGACCAGACGCCUGCCAUGGCUGCCGACUCGGAUGAUGAAUUCAUCGACGACAACAUGUCCGAUGACGUGUUGGACCACGACGUGGGCGCGCCCGAUCCGGAUGACGAUCCAUCCGACCAUCCUCGUGUCUUGCACAGCUCGAAAUCCGUGUCGCGUGCUACCAAGGGUCGCAAGAAGCGCCGCGAUCGCAAAGACCAGGCGCGCGAGUGGGAGACGGCGAAACGAUCAUGGGAGACGGACCUCCCCGACGAAGACCAGGACGGCAUCCUCAACCUCUCCGCCCUCGAAGCGGAGAAGCGAAGACGCGUGCUACGGGACACUACGCCGCUACAGAGGGGUAUCAUUCGACAUUUGGUCCUCGUGCUGGACAUGAGCUUUGCCAUGGAGGAGAAGGAUCUGCUACCGAAUCGAUACCGUCUGACGCUUCGAUACGCGGUCACGUUCGUCCGAGAAUUCUUUGAGCAGAAUCCUAUUUCGCAGCUGGGCAUCAUUGGCAUGAAGGGCGGCGUCGCGGUGCGGAUCAGCGAUCUGGGUGGAAAUCCCAGUGAACACAUUGCCAAGCUGCGCAAGCUGGAGGAGGAAGAGCCGAAAGGACACCCGAGUCUGCAGAAUGCGUUGGAAAUGUGUCGGGGUGCUCUCUUCCACGCUCCGUCCCACGGCACGAGAGAGGUCCUCAUCAUCUACGGCGCAUUGCUGUCCAGCGACCCGGGCGACAUCCACGACACCAUCUCAUCCCUCAUCACCGAUCGAAUACGCGUCUCUAUCGUUGGGCUGUCGGCCCAUAUCGCCAUCUGUGCCGAACUCUGCUCUCGGACGAACGCCGGCGACGAAUCGCAGUACAACGUAAUACUCGACGAGGUACAUUUCAGAGAGCUCUUUCUCGCGGCCACAACACCCCCCGUCACGCGUACGGCUGAGCAGAAUGUGGCGAGUCUGCUGAUGAUGGGGUUCCCAUCGAGGACGUUGGCGCCGAGCGGCUCUUCGGCAGCAGACGGGCAAAAGCCUGGGGAGAAACAGUACAAGGGCGUCAGCGAGAGCGGACGAUAUGCGUGCGAGGUGUGCGGGAACCACUUCUGUAUUGACUGCGACGUCUUCGCGCAUGGCGUCGUACACAAUUGUCCCGGAUGUCAGAGCACUGUACCAGCACAAAUAGAAGACGGAGUCAACGGGGGUCAUGAGCCCAUGGCGGUGGACGAGUGA